AUGGCCGUCUCUCCUCCUCCGCUCGAGAUCAGCCCGCCGCUGCUCAACACGGCCAACCCGUCGGCCACUGACCUGGGCCAACUCACGGCGCUCUAUGACUGUCCACACACGGGCGCCGUGACGACGCGGACGUCUCUCGUCGCCGGCUUCGGCCACAACCCCGACGUCCACCAGUUCGCCCUGUUCGACACCACGCCACACGACCCAGCCGCCUCAGACGCCAAGACGGCCAGCCUCAACAAUCUCGGCUACAGCCCGCUGCCGCUCGAUCAAUAUUUGACCUUUGUCAAGCAGAUCGCCUCACGGUCACAGGCGCAAACGGCCGCCCGCAAGAAGGGCUUCCUUAUCUCGGUCACCGGCCAGCCCGACGAUGUGGCCGAGUGCUACCGCCGCAUCGCCGCCGCCCAGCGCGAUCUCCCUGACCCAAACGCCGUCCCGCUCGCCAUGGAAGUCAAUCUGAGCUGUCCCAACAUCCCCAACGCACCGCCACCGGCCUAUAACGGCUCUGCCUUGCUGGCCUACCUUGCCGCCCUCCAGGACGCCAUUGCCGCCGCUGCUCAGGACGCCCACCUGCCGCGCAUCCCGAUCGGCUUCAAAACUCCGCCUUACACUCAUGCCGGCCAGUUUGCCGUCCUCAUCGACGCCUUGCGUGCUUCGGCAGCCGCUGCUGAUUCUGCUGGCGUGUGUCCUAUCAGCUUCCUGACCGCCACCAACACGCUGGGCUCGUGCUUGCUCCUGACCUCGGCCUCACAGUCCGACCAGAUCACUCCAGCCCUUCCUGGAACCGGCAUCGGCGGCAUGGCUGGCGCCCCGCUGCACCCCCUCGCCCUCGGCAACGUCGCCACGCUGCGCCGCCUGCUAGAUGCUGAGCCGGCUGUCCUGGGACACAUCCGCAUUGUCGGCGCUGGCGGCGUGUCCGACACCGCUGGAUUCGACCGCAUGAAGAGUGUCGGCGCCUAUGCCGUCGGUGUCGGCACGGCCCUGGUCAUUCAUGGAGUUGACGUCUUCGCCCAAAUUUCUGCGCCAGGAUUAGAACAAAACAUCUCAAAGUAG